CAUUUUGCAGUGUUUGUCAUUGACAAGACAACGAAGUUGUUUCGUUCUAUCGUUUUGAUUCAGUCAUUUGUUUAUUGAUAUCUGCAAGAGACUCAAACAAAUUUACGCAUAUUUUGGAUAUUGAAAAGCGCGAAAGAUAUUUCAAUAAUCAUAAGUAAAAGUUUGGAGUGAACGACGAAAAUGGCACACUACAAAGGAGCUGCCAGCGAAGCUGGCCGAGCCAUGCAACUCAUGAAGAAGCGAGAGAUUGCCCAGCAGGAGAUUGAAUUUCGAAAGAAAAAGAUUGAAGAAGAACUGAAGAUAAAUGCCAUUGAGAAUAAAUUCGCAACCCACUACGAUGCCGUCGAACAACAGCUCAAAACAUCCACAAUUGGGCUGGUUACUUUGGACGAAAUGAAGGCAAAGCAAGAGGACAUUGUUCGAGAAAGAGAAAAGAAACUGGCACAGAAAAAGGCAGAGAAGGAUCGGGAAAAGAUGCGUGCAUUGGAGGAAAAACAGGCCGAAAAAAAUAAGCAGCGCAAACAGAUCCAGGCAUUAUCGUUCAACUUAGAUGAAGAUGAAGAUGAGGACGAAGAAAAUGAUGAUGAUGACGACAAUGGCAAAGAUAACGAUGACGAUGAUAUUGAUAAUAGCAAAAAUGAUGAGUCGAAUGACAGCAGCAGUCAGUCGAGCUCGAAGAAAUCAAGCUAUUGGACAACAGCUGAUGAUGCUGACGAAGGACCAGCCUUCAAAAAGUUACGUAAAAAUCCAGAUGUUGACACAUCAUUUCUGCCGGAUCGCGAACGGGAAGAGGGUGAAAAUCGAUUGCGAGAAGAACUACGGCAAGAAUGGGUUGCUCAACAGGCAACAUUAAAAGAUCAAGAGAUUCCAAUCACAUUCAGUUACUGGGAUGGAUCCGGACAUCGGCGGUCGGUAACAAUGAAAAAGGGCAAUUCCAUCUAUCAGUUUUUGCAAAAAUGUUUGGAAACGCUUCGCAAGGAGUUUAGUGAAUUGAAAACAGUGAUGGCCGAUCAGCUGAUGUACGUGAAAGAAGAUUUAAUUUUACCGCAUCACUAUUCAUUCUACGAUUUUAUCGUGACUAAGGCACGUGGUAAGUCUGGCCCACUCUUUCAAUUCGAUGUUCACGACGACAUUCGUAUGAUCAGCGAUGCAACGGUGGAAAAAGAAGAAUCACAUGCUGGUAAAGUUUUGUUGCGGUCCUGGUACGAACGAAAUAAGCACAUAUUUCCAGCCAGCCGUUGGGAACCGUAUGAUCCAACCAAGACAUACGACAAAUAUACCAUUAAGGAUAAAAGCAAAAAAUAACCACAAAAAUGUAAUAACUUUGAAUUAAAGUAAAAUGCCGAAUGCAGUACAAUGGAAAAAUA